AUGAAGGUUGUCAGCGCUUUGCCUCUGUUGGCCAUCGCUGCCACUGCGAGCUCUGUUCGGAAUAUCUUCAACUUGAUCAGUUCCGGCGGCUCAGACGACAGCCAUAACGGUCUCUAUCUGUCCACGCAGCACAUCGACCCAUUGAAUAGCGACGCUGUCUUCCGCGAUAGUGAUGAUGCUGCAGACUUUUACCUUGACAAUGGGACCGUGCGCUACGUUGCACCGAACGGAGCUCCCUUUGCGCUGGCUCUAGACUCGGGGGAUGAAGUCCAGGGGAGUGUGGAGAUCAGCGUGAGCCCCUUGUUCGGCAGCACAGGGUUCAACAUUACCAGUGACAAUACAUUGGAGACUGCUAAUCAGAGCUGGGGUGGAUGGUUAGUGUGCGACCGCAGCGACGGUCUUCUGGGGUUGUACUACGAAAACAACGGCGCUGGAAGUAAUCUGCUGGAGGAGUGUGAUGCGAUUGCCCUUGACGUUGUCUAUAAACCCAUCUCAUAG